GAUGGCUGGCUUGUUGAGCGGUGAUGUCCAGGCGGCUGGUGAGGUUUUGGAGGUCCAAGAAGCCAGUGGUACUGAACAGGCCUGGGCGGACGAAGGUGGGCCACUUGCAUUGGCUGUGGAACCUCCAGUGGCUGAAUCCGCUGAAGAUACUGGUGUUGUGUCUCACCGUGGGAGGCUUCGGAUCCUCAUCUGCAGGCACAGCAUGGUGUUUUGGGCGGUCCACCAAGCCAAGAGGACGCAGAUGGGGUCCCAACUUGGGCUCAGUGAGUGGGCCACGGUGGAAUGGCAGGGCCGGCGGGGCCUUAGGUGGCCUGGGUUGAUGCCGCUGCUGUUCAGGGAAAGGAGGGGGCUCCCUCCUCAUAUCCUGGUCAUCCAUCUGGGUGGGAAUGACCUCGGUUUGAUCAAGGGCAAGGCCCUUUCCUUGCAGGCGCAGGCGGAUUUGCAGCAGAUAUGCGUGGCAUGGCCCGGUGUCCUGAUUUUGUGGUCAGCGAUUUUGCCACGUCGUAAGUGGCAUGAAGGUCUUGACGCCCGGGGUAUGAAUGAGGCAAGGCGCAGGGCUAAUAGUGCUCUUUUAAAAGCUCUGGGUAAUGGGUUGGGGAUUUAUUUGCCCCACCCCAGAAUACGGGCUGCUGCUGCCCACCUCUACAGGGAUGAUGGGGUUCACCUCUCAGAGGCAGGUAACGAACUUUUUCUUGAAGAUUUACGGCAAGGGCUCAGGAUGGCCAUAAGCCACCUGUGGGGAGCAAGGGCCUAAGCAGAGGCUUGGCCCUGCCCAUGACAGGAUAGAGUUGAAAAAAGGGAGCGGGCCGGCGAGCACCCUUGGCAUAUCCCCACUAGGGGGAUUGCAGUCUGUCAGGAUUGGCUGGUGGGCUUCAUGGUGACCAGCUGAGAGGGCAGACUGCUACUGGGACCCCCUAGGUUGAGUCCUUCACUCGGGCUGCAUGGCGGAGUGGUUGGAACUUCAAAGGGGAACCAUUUGCCUGGCCGGCCGGGUUGCAACCGUGUGCUGUAUGGCUUGCACCCGGGGCAACGGGGCUCGCCCAGACAGGUCAGGGCAGCCGUCCUGGUGCGGACACCGGGCCUGACCUGUACCGCAGUUAGAUCCCUUGCCGUAUUUGCAGUUUGUUAAAUUGUUUAAUAAAGUGGCCCUUUUAAAUACCCAGAUACUUUGUCUGCCUCUUUAUUCCUGACUGGGGGGGCAAUUUGGCCCUCCCAGCCAGCAGCCUGUGGCUGCUUAGGAUGGGGGCCGCGUUUGCAGCCCUGGAGGGAGAAAGCGGCUAUCCCGCUCCUUCCUGU